AUGGACCCAGGGCUGCAGCGAGCACUCAACCCACUGGCCCCGUCUCAAGACACAGCCAUGCAUGUGCCCGCAGGCUCUGUCACCAGCCACUGGGGAACCACGGGCCGCGGGUACUUCUGCUUCACCACGGCCUCGCUGGCGCUGUGUCUCGUCUUUGCUGUGGCGACCAUUAUGGUGCUGGUAGUUCAGAAGACGGACUCCAUUCCCAACCCGCCAGGCCAAUUCCCCCUUAAAGGAGGGAAUUGCUCAGAGGACAUCUCAUGUAUCCUGAAAAGAGCUCCAUUCAAGAAAUCAUGGGCCUACCUCCAAGUGUCAAAGCAUAUAAACAAAACCAAGUUGUCUUGGAACAAAGAUGGCAUCAUCCAUGGAGUCAGAUAUCAGGAUGAGAACCUGGUGAUCCAGUUCCCCGGUUGGUACUUCAUCAUCUGCCAACUGCAGUUUCUUGUGAAAUGCCCAGAGCAUUCUGUCGACCUGAAGCUGGAGCUCCUCAUCAACAAAGACGUUAAAAAGCAGACCCUGGUGACAGUGUGUGAGUCUGGAGCACAAGCCAAAAACAUAUACCAGAACCUCUCCCAGUUCUUGUUGGAACACCUCCAGGUCAACACCACCAUAUCAGUCAAGGUGGAUAAAUUCCAGUAUGUGGAUACAAACACCUUUCCCCUUGAGAACGUGUUGUCCAUCUUCUUAUACAGUAGUUCAGACUGA